AUGAAUGUCACAGAGUCGCUGGUGACUCCAAGUGGCGAGGAGACGCUGAUCACCUCGCUGGCGCUCUUCUCGAAGCACGCCAUCACCAAGGCGCCCAACACAGAAGUCUCGCCGGUGACGCUGUCGCCGGAAUGGUCGCGAGUGGCUCGCCUGCUGCUGCUCUCGUGCCUCUCUGUGGUGGGCAGCGUGGGGAACAUCUUCCUCAUCUCCUCCAUCAUGAUUGAGGACCACCUGAAGAAGGCCGGCAACGCCUUCAUCGUGAGCGUGGCGCUGGCCGAUCUGCUGAUCACGAGUCUCCUGAUUCCCUCCUCGGCGAUCCUCCUUUUGGCGGGCAUCGAUGACUCCCUGUCCGUGUGCAAGUUCCAGUGGUUUCUGGCAGCCUGCGCAUUCCUGAUUAGCGUCCUUUCGCUUUCGUCGACAGCCGUUGAGAACUACCUGCGACUGUGCACGUCUCAGGACGGAAGCGCCUGGUUCAACAAGACGUCCACCACGGUCAUCCUGCUGCUGAUCUGGCUGAUCGGCGGCACGUCGUCUGGCCUGCAGUUCGUCUUCAGUUUGAGCUUCGACUACUGCACGCGCAAAUCUACGGGAAUCGUGCCCUAUCAGAUGGCCAUCGUGGCCCUGCUCAUCCUCCUGCCCAUCGUGGUGACUUUCUAUACGCACGUGCGCAUCAUCCUGGACGUGCGCCGCCUCAUGCAGGCGCCCAACUACAAGCCUUCUCUCGGCUACACGUGGGAUCUGUCUCUGGCGCGCACCAACUUCUACAGCUUCCUCGUGUUCAUCGUGUUCUGGCUGCCGUUCGGCGUGGUCUUCACGUACGGCACCACGAAGAUCAUCCCCGACUCACGCGUACUGUACAACACGGCGUGGUUCGGGCUGAGCAAGUCCUGCAUCCACAACGCGAUCUAUUGCCUCACGAACCGCCACUUCCGCAGCGCCUACGUGAGCCUCUUUCACUACUGCUGCUGCAAGACUACCGUGUCCACGGCCAGGCGCACGCGAACAGACGGCGCGCGCCCCACGGCGGACGUGCGCGUGCACAUCAUCCCCGGCUACAACAUGUACUCCUACACCAGCCCGAUGCGCAACUCCGGCAACAACUACCACUGGUAUUGGGGUAAGCGCACGGCGCACCAGGAGUUAUGAUAAAGCGACCAGACCUAAGCAUGCCCCGCUUUUCCCUACACUCUGCCGAUCGCCCGCGGAAGGAGCGCCGAAGGACUUCUCGAUGUGAUCAUGGUAAUUGUUUGGCGCACUUGAGCGUUAGUUUAGCUUUGGACAUUCUAUUACUUACCCAGCUUUAAAGAGCUUUACUCGAUUCGCACAGAGAAAUUGGGAAAGAAACGUAAGAUUUACUAAACAGAUUUUUAUGCCUGAGAAUAGCAGAGAAAAUGAUAAGGAAUAGGCAGAGAAAUAUGCGUGGAAAACAUCUAAUUUUAUUCCAGCCGUGAUGUUUUUUUUAAACAGUUUAAUUUAGGGAAAAUAUUGACAAGUUCUUUUUAAUUAUUUGUAGCAUUUGCAGCUAAAAUGCCUUCGCUCUUCGACGUUUCAUGUUUAAAGUUUCAUGCAAUUCCGCAUUCGAUGCAAUCAGUUGCGAGUCUUUUGAUCAUUUAUUCACAGAAUUUUAUAUGAUUUCUCUGUCUUCUCGUUCUCACUGCUAUUUCUUCAGGAACAAAUGGGAAUAUUAUCUGUCGUCUUACCUUGAAUUUACUCUAAAAACAACGUAAGGAGAAAAGCUGUGCAUCUUUGAAAUAUGGGAAAGAAUCAAUUUAUCUAGCACUUAACAUUUCUAGCUACUAUAGAUCCUACACAUUUCGGCGUUUAGUGAAGAGAAUUGCAACUAUAUUUCUCCGUCCUUGCUUUGGAUCUGAUGAAUUUGGGCAAAUUGUGCAAAUUGCUAUUCUAACUUCGUCCCCGCAUCGCAAAAAGCUGCGACUUUCCGUGCGGUGGGCGAAAUUCAUCGGCAGAGUGUUUGCAUCCCCCCAAAUUAUGUGUGCUUUCCCUUCGACUUUUGGGCGCGAGAUGCGAAGUGUUUCAGCAUAAGUGAAUUAUUCUUGGCACAAAUUGUCCUCUCGCGAGCGCGAGAGCGUCUUUUUUCGGUUGGUGUGCGCGGCUAAAAAUACUGGUGGGACAGAUAAAGGCAUUUAUCGAUGAGCUCAAACACCUGUUCUGAGUCACCCUGGCGCAGGGGGCGCGUGAACGGCGGGGAAAUCCAUAUUUUAACCACUUUACAUUGGAGGGCGCGAAGGAGGAAUGAGGGAGGGGGCUGAAAAACCGCCCCAUUUGCACCCCAAACCACCUCAAAUUCCUCAAUGUUGGGCACAUUUGCAUGCUCUGCGGCGAUUGUGAGCUCUUCUUGUGCACGCGAAAUCAGUGGAAUAUUAAAGGUGUGAAGCAGAAAUUGGCCUAAAACAUGUACAAUGAAAUUGCGUGAAUUGCUUCGCAGAUCAUGGCCAAAAGCAUCGAAUUGAGUGGCGCGAGAAGAGUGACAAUUGCCCGCCCAACACAGCCCCACAUUAUUACUUAUAAAAAUCACUCGAAUGUCGUGGUAAACAAGUAAAUAUAAUCGGUAUUAGGUGUUUCUAGAGGAAUAUUUGUACAUAAAAUGCCUUUUAUAAUUAACUGUGAUGUGAGAAAUAAACAUAUUCAUAUUCAGAUUUUGUCGUGGAGGGAAAAAGAGCGAGAGAGAAAGAGGAGCAUUUGAUGGCUGAAGACUAUAUACUUUUAUAUAAUGAUUUUUAUUUUACUCUGGAACUUUUGGGAGGAGUGGCAGAGGGAAGAGGAAUCUUUUUUACACGGGGAGAGAUUACAUAAAUUGUGUACAUGUUUUUUGGAGAAGAUAUUUUCCAUUUAUUUGAACUGGGGGACCAUGUUGUUCAAUUGCAAAACUACAUGUAAAUGUUAAAUAUGUGUGCUUUAAAUGGAUCAAGAGACAAACAUUUUCCGACACACUUGGAGAGUCAAUAAAGUUGUCUAUAUAAAUGUGGAAAGAAAA